AUGAUCAACGUUCGCCGCCUCGCCCUCUACAUCGGAGCCUUGCUCCCAGCUGUUUUGGCUGCCCCAGCUCCUAUCACAAGAAGAGAUGAUAUCAUCGAGGGGAAGUACAUCAUCACUUUGAAGCCAGGUGUCGAUGCCAACGGUGUUGAGUCCCAUCUCAACUGGGUAUCCGAUGUCCACAAGCGAAGUUUCGCCAAGCGCGACACUGUCGGUGUCGAGAAGACCUACGCAAUCAAGGACUGGAAGGCAUACGCCGGAGAAUUUGACGAUGCGACCAUAGCCGAAAUCAAAGCUAGCCCUGAUGUUGCUCUCGUUGAGCCUGACACAAUCGCCUACCUUUGGUACGAGCAGGCCGACGCCAAGCUCGAGAAGAAGGCUUUGACCACCCAGACCGGUGCCACCUGGGGCCUGGGAGCCAUUUCUCACCGCACUGGCUCAUCCACCAGCUACAUCUACGACACCACUGCUGGUGAGGGUACCUAUGCCUACAUUGUCGACAGCGGUAUCAACAUCGCCCACACUCAGUUCGGUGGACGGGCUACCCUUGGCUACAACGCUGCUGGUGGAGAACACACUGACACCCUUGGUCACGGUACUCACGUUUCUGGAACCAUCGGCGGUACUACCUACGGAGUUGCGAAGAGGACAAACUUGAUCUCCGUCAAGGUCUUCACCGGCUCGUCAGGAUCUACUUCCGUCAUUCUGGCCGGUUUCAACUGGGCAGUCAACGAUAUCACCUCCAAGAGCCGUACUGCUCGCUCGGCCAUCAACCUUUCUCUUGGUGGCCAGGCAUCUACCACCUGGACCAACGCCAUCCAAGCCGCUUACACUCAGGGCGUUCUCUCUGUUGUUGCUGCCGGAAACGGUGAUGCAAACGGCAACCCUCUGCCCGUGUCCAGCCAGUCUCCUGCCAACGCCCCCAACGCCAUCACCGUGGCCGCCGCCGACUCUAGCUUCCGCCCUGCUUCCUUCACGAACUACGGCGCAGGCGUUGAUUUAUUCGCCCCGGGUGUAGGCAUCACCUCUGCCUGGAUUGGAAGCACCACUGCCACCUCGACCAUCAGUGGAACUUCCAUGGCUUGCCCCCACAUCGUUGGUCUUGCUGUCUACCUCCAGGCUCUCGAGGGCUUGAGCACCCCCGCUGCCGUUACCAACCGCAUCAAGGCUCUUGCUACCACGGGUCGUAUCACUGGCACUCUCAACGGAAGCCCCAACCUCUUUGCCUACAACGGCAACGGUGCGUAAGUGGGUGGUCGAUUAGCACUGAAUUCAGACAAAUGGGUACGGGCAGAAGUCAGAACAGGGGGUUGAGCAUGAGAUUUGAGUGAGGAACGUCCUGAGCGAGCGAGUCAUAUAUCCUGGACCGAGUAGAG